CAGGUUUUAGGCCGUCACGUCCUCUCUCAGGUUUCUCUCUGAUGGAACAUUGAUAUAAUUCACUAUUCUGUUGCCAUUGUUAAAUACUAAUCAAUCGGGGAGCAAUCAAUCAUGUCAAUAGUGAUAAAUACUUAUGAAUAAUUAAUGUUUAAACGAAUUUGUAUAAAAGCAUAAACAAAAGAUGGCGCGAAAUGCAGAGAAGGCUAUGACAACGCUUGCUCGUUGGAGAGCAGCGCAAAACAACGAAGGAACAAGGAAAGAACAGGAACGGAGGCCUUAUUUAGCUUCAGAAUGUAGAGACUUACGUAAAGCAGAGAAAUGGCGAAUGCAAAUAAUUAGAGAGAUUGCAAAGAAAGUCGCCCAGAUUCAAAAUGCCGGGCUUGGAGAGUUCCGCAUUCGUGAUCUAAAUGACGAGAUUAAUAAGCUGCUCAGAGAGAAGCGACAUUGGGAAGCACAAAUAAAGGAGCUUGGUGGACCUGAUUACUCCAGAGUCGGACCUCGCAUGUUGGAUCAUGAGGGACGUGAGGUUCCCGGUAAUCGAGGUUACAAGUAUUUCGGAGCUGCUAAAGAAUUACCGGGUGUUAGAGAAUUAUUUGAGCAGGAGCCACCACCGCCGCCUCGUAAAACUCGCGCAGAAUUGAUGAAGGACAUCGACGCGGACUAUUACGGUUAUAUGGACGACGACGAUGGUAUUCUGAUACCGUUGGAACAGAAGGCCGAGCAAGAAGCGAGAGAAAAGUGCAUUAACGAAUGGGUAGCUCACGAGAAAGAACCGGAAAUCGAGAUUGAGACAACGGCACAAAAAUUGAUUCCUUCGCAGCAGGAUAUUCAAGAGGCUUUGCUGGUUAGAAAGAAGAAAGAGCUGCUGGAAAAGUACGGACUAGACUGAUAGUCCAGCAUACCUGAAGGGAACGUGAGAUACCAGUUAUAAGUUAAAAACUAGAAAACCAGAUAAGUAGUCAUAAAAAAAAAACUAUUGCAUAUAAAUAAGUGCGUAGAUAUACAUAUUAUUUAUAAGCACCUCAACGAAUACGUGUGAUGUAAAUUUUGUCCAGUAAUAUCAGUUAAUAUAAAUUUAUUAACAAUUCAA